AUGAGUGACAUGGGUUUACUCAAAUACUUCCUUGGUAUUGAAGUUCACCAAAGUGAAGAUGGAGUGUUCAUUUCUCAAAGCAAGUAUGCCAAAAAGGUGUUGAAGAAAUUUGGUAUGCUUGGUUGUAACCCCACAUCUACACCACUUGUAGUGAAUGAGAAACUCAAUAAAGAUGAUGGAGGAACAAAAGUUGAUGAGACUUACUAUAGAGGUCUUAUUGGAAACUUGUUGUAUCUUACACAUACAAGACCGGACAUCAUGUUUGCUUCAAGUAUGCUUUCUAGGUUCAAGAGCUCACCUAGUCAUUUACAUCUUGACACGGCAAAGAGGUUGUUGAGGUACAUACAAGGAACAAUGAAUUUCGGAAUCAUGUAUUCAAGAAAUUUGGAUGUCAAAUUAGUUGGCUAUUGUGAUAGUGACUUGGGAGGGUGUAUUGAUGACAUGAAGAGUACAUCAGGGUAUGCUUUUUCUCUUGGUUCGGGCAUAUUUACUUGGGCAUCGAAGAAGCAAGAAACCGUAGCUCUAUCCACGGCGGAAACGGAGUACAUUUCGACAUCCAUAGCUACAUCUCAUGUUGUAUGGCUAAGAAGAAUCAUGGAAGAUAUUCAAGAGAAGCAAGAAGGGUGCACCGAAAUUUUUUGUGACAACAAAUUCACAAUUACUAUGUCUAAAAAUUCGGUUGAGCAUUGUAGAGCAAGGCACAUCAAACUCAAGUAUCACUUCAUUCGAGAAGCGGUUGAAGAUGGUGAGAUAGAACUCAAGUAUUGCAAGACGGAAGACCAAUUGGCGGACAUAUUCACCAAGGCACUUCCCAAAGGCAAGUUCCAAAACUUUAGGGAAUUACUUGGAGUUGUAGAACAUCACAUUAAGGAGGAGAUUGUUGAGUGUAAAUGUAAUGUUCAAAUGUAA